AUGUCGCGCAUCGAGGCACACAACGACGAGUCCAAGACCUUCAAGAAGGCGUUCCAGGAGGUCGGACGCCCCGCGACCACAGACCACAACAUUAACGACGAGUAUAUGCGCGAUCCUCCAAACAACACCGGUGAUGCACCAACAACAGACCGCAAGACGCGGGGUGCAAAGGAGGGCGCCUAUGGUAUCGAGCCCACGCAAGAAGGCGUCCUUGGGGAUCCAGGCAAGGGCAGGCCAAAGAAGGACGAGCUCAUGAGGGAGGCAAUCCAGGGAGCUGGGGACGAAAAUGAGCUGUUGACGAGUUCAUAA